CCUCGAAAGCGCCCUGUAUAUUCCUAGCAUAGACUGUAAAUAAUAGCUUCCUAGCUGGUGAUGUACUUCCUGUGACAUGACCUUUGUUUACUGUCUGUCAACAAAAAUAGCUACAUCUAUCGUUUUCUCCGGUGAAUGUUUACGUUCAAACUGGCUGUGUGUUGAUUUAGAGAGAAGUAUUAGCCUUGUUAACUAACGAACAUGGUCUGAAAAUGAAUUCGGAAAAUGUUCACAACCGUCCAUUGUUGCAGGAACAUCUCGUUUCGUACCAACAAGUUAGCUAGCUGCUAGCUAACGUUAGUUGUUAGCUCUUCGCAAAAACUAGUUUCAGCUAGAUUAGGCUAUCUAGGUACAGUAGCAAGUUAACAAGACGAACCGAGGCCAAAGCUAUAUUUAUUUUUGGUCAGGUAUCGAGCCUUCCCGGCUGUUUCAACUAUCACUGUGUGCAUGAUAUGGUCUUACAUUUUUUGAACAUGGAUGAGGCAUCCCCUGCAUCUCUGACGGAUCUGUGUCUGUCCUACGUCAGUAGGAACCUGGAGAGGUUCUGUGUGAAGCAUGCUGAUGGAUCUCUCUGUCUCAGAGACUCUCUGCUGUUUCCCCAGGAGCUAGCUGACCAGCUGUUGGCUAAGAUGGCCACUGAAGGUCUGUUGAAUGACAGUACAGUAGGAGUGUUUCGUAGCAGUGAGUACCUUCGGCUGCGUCGUGCGUGUAUCCGUACGGCCCGUAUCUCUGCCGAGGCGUUCCAGAGAGCGCUCUGUCCUCACCGCCUGCUGGAGCUGGACGCUGCUAGGGUCAACGCUGACCUCACAAUCUCUGACAUACUACAUGGCCUUGCCUCCAACAAACACUGCCGGGAGAGCUUGCAGCGGUUGGUCCUUACAGGUCUGACCAUGUCCUCUCUGGAGGAACCGUCAUGUCACUGUUUCAGCUCUCUCCAGGGGCUGCGGUCUCUCUCCCUGGCCAACGUGGACUUCUACGACUCUGGGCUGGCUGAUGUGUGUUCCCUGUCCCGUCUGGAGAGCCUGGACCUGUCCAACACCUCAGUAACCAACCUCAACCCUCUACUGGGACUAAGAGAGAGGCUGAGGUCACUAACACUACACCAGCUGAAGAGGCUGGAGAUGAGCACUGCCCAGCUACUGGCUGUCAUUGGACAACUGAAGGCACUGCAGCACCUGGACAUCAGUGAUGAUAAACAGUUCACGUCAGAUGUGGCUCGUCAGCUGCUGGGUGAGCCUGGAAUCCUGCCUGCUCUGGUCUCGCUGGAUGUGUCUGGACGCAAACAGGUGACGGAUGCGGCGGUCAAGGCGUUUGUAGAGGAGCGUCCAGGGAUGACCUUUGUUGGUCUGCUGGCUACAGACGCUGGCUUCUCUGACUUCCUCAAUGGAAAGGGCAGCCUCAAGGUGACAGGAGAGGCCAAUGAGACUCAGAUCUGUGAGGCGCUGCGUCGCUACAGUGAGAGGGAGGGCUUUGUCAGAGAGGCUCUGUUUCAUCUCUUCAGUCUCACACACGUCAUGGAGAAACCACGCCCUGACAUACUCAAGUUGGUAGUUUUGGGGAUGAAGAACCACCCUGCCACCCUGAACGUCCAGUUGGCAGCCAGUGCAUGUGUGUUUAACCUGACCAAGCAGGACCUGGCAGCGGGCAUACCUGUUAGACUGCUGGGCACAGUCACUCAACUACUGCUGGAGGCCAUGUGCACCUUCCCUAACCACCAACAGUUGCAGAAGAAUUGCCUGCUCUCUCUGUGCAGUGACCGCAUACUGCAGGAGGUUCCCUUCAACAGGUUUGAAGCAGCUAAGCUGGUGAUGCAGUGGUUAUGUAACCAUGAGGACCAGAACAUGCAGAGGAUGGCUGUGGCUAUCAUCUCUAUACUGGCUGCCAAGUUGUCUACAGAACAGACGGCACAGCUGGGCGCAGAGCUCUUCAUAGUGAAGCAGCUUCUCCACAUUGUGCAUCAGAAGGCUACUCAGGGUGUGGUGGACGCCACCCUCAAGUUCACACUGAGCGCACUCUGGAACCUCACUGACGAAUCACCAACCACCUGCCGCCAUUUUAUAGAGAACCAGGGACUGGACCUGUUCAUCAAAGUACUGGAGUCAUUCCCCUCUGAGUCUUCCAUCCAACAGAAGGUGUUGGGGCUGCUGAAUAACAUAGCGGAGGUUGGGGAGCUGCAUGUGGAGCUGAUGGUUCAGGGCUUCCUGGAUCACAUCUGCUCCCUGCUCCACAGCCCUGAGGUGGAGGUGUCCUACUUCGCUGCUGGGAUACUGGCCCACCUCACCUCCAGAGGAGAGGCUGCUUGGACACUCAGUAUCACACUGAGGUCUGACCUGCUAGAACAACUGCACUCUACCAUCCUGAAGUGGCCGACACCAGCGUGUGAGAUGGUGGCCUACAGGUCCUUUAACCCCUUCUUCCCCCUGUUGGAGUGUUUCCACACCCCAGGCGUUCAGCUGUGGGCGGCCUGGGCCAUGCAGCAUGUCUGCAGCAAGAACGCCCCUCGGUACUGCAGUAUGCUGCUGGAGGAGGGAGGUCUGCAUCAGUUGGAGAAGGUCCAGACACACCCCGACACCCACGCAGACGUCAUGCGAUUGGCCGAGAGCAUUCUGGAGAGCCUGCAGCGCCACCAAGCUCGCACCAGGCAGACCACACAGACACACACACACACUCGCUGCCCGCUACAACCCCACACACACAAAGAGGGUGACAAGCCCUGAUCAGAACCUAUCCCACUGCUACCUUCAGGACAAGAGGCCAUUGAAAGUGUGUGUGUGUGUGUGUGUGUGUGCGGGAGUGCGUUCAUUAGACAGGGGUGAGGACAGACACCUUGUCACCCCCCAUCCUGUCUGAAGGUGGUGCUAUAAAGUGAAUGAGAGGACAAAAACUAUGCAUUUCUUUGCACACACACCUUGCUGUUUUCUUGAGUUUGGUAAGCAAAAGUAGUACUAUGUGGCUACUUAUGCGUGCUACUGAUAAGCAAAUUAAUAUUAUGAAGAAAAAAAAGUUAUGAAAAUAGAGUUGUUGGUUAAAAACACUAACGUUGAUGUCUAUGCCCCCACAUAAAUCUAAUUAGCAUAAUAAAAUAAUCACCAUAAAAA